AUGUUUUUAAAUGUUUCUUUCGAUUUCUUUAGUUAUAUUGUUGAAUCAGUUUUUUUUUACUCUCUCUUUCUCUCCCUCUUCUCUAAACACCGUUCCUUCGUUUUUCUUCGACAUUUGACGGUGCUUUCGAGUUGGGAUGGAGGUGGAAUUGAUGGUUCGAAGGUGGUGGAGAAGGGGCAGGAAAGAGUCAACAUGGUGGUCAACUUCAAGAAGCUGAGGAGUGGCUGCUUUCAAAUUCGCGAGGAAGGCGGAGAGAUUUUUGUAAGCUUGCUGAAUAUGAAGAAACGCUUCACAUUCUUGAAGGCAGUGGACAUGGAGAAGGUCAUUUAUGAUAUUAUUGAAAAGUUUGAACUCACGAGUUUCUUGGCUUAUUCCUAG